AUGCGGGGUGUGCAGAUAUUUUCGGGUAAUUCACACCCUGGUCUCGCAGAGUCCAUCUGUGAGAAGCUGGGGACUUCCCCGGCAAAAGCGGACCUGGGAAAAUUUGCCAAUGGCGAAACCAGCGUGAACAUCGGCACCUCGGUUAGAAACCAGGAUGUCUACAUCGUUCAGAGUGGCAGUCGCAAGAUCAAUGAUAGCGUGAUGGAGCUACUAAUCAUGAUUUCGGCCUGCAAAGGUGGCUCGGCCAAGUCAAUUACUGCGGUCAUGCCGUACUUCCCCUACUCGCGCCAAUCCAAGAAGAAGAGUCAUCGCGGUGCCAUCACCGCUCGCAUGCUCGCGAACCUACUUUCCAUCGCUGGCGUCGAUCAUGUCAUCACUAUGGACUUACAUGCGUCCCAGAUGCAAGGCUUCUUCGGUAAACCCGUCGACAAUCUCUUCGCUGAGCCGUACAUUGCCCGCUGGAUCACGAGCAACGUCGCCAGUUGGAAGGAUGCGGUCGUCGUCAGCAAGAAUGCCGGCGGUACCAAGCGUGUAACAUCGCUUGCUGACACCUUAAAGCUGAACUUUGGCAUCGUGACCACUGAUCGGCGACGGCCGAAGGCUUCAGAUACCAUGGCUGACAGCACUGUCUUUUUCGAUGCUAAGGAUGACGGUUCUCGAGUCCCUAAAGACCAGCAACCCUUCGAACUGCACCUGAAGAGCGGCGCUACCACCCCAUCUAUUCCCCAAGAGGUUGACUUCGCCGUUGAUCCUCCUAUUCCACUUUUGCGCCCCGAGACUCCCCCUGCCGCCCGUCGCCCAUCAGAACUGGAAGCUGCUCACGAAUACACAGACGUGAGGGUUCGAGAUGUGGUGACUGGCCGGCUGGUACAGGGUCACCUCGUCGACGAUGAUUAUCUCCCCAAACCGGAGUCUGUCUCCGGUGAUACAACCCCGGGCGCUGGUAGCAGUCCUCCGGGUGACACGUCGGAUGCGAUCCCUGAUGCUAUGGUCAACUCCAUCAUCUCUACUGCUUCAUCAUUAGGUCCAGAUCACGCUCUCGGUGGAUCCAUGGACGCUGUCGAGUCCGACGAUGAAGGCAGUGUUGCUGGCGGCAUUGACCAUGAAAGAACCAUCACUCUGGUUGGGGAGGUCCGGGACCGGUCUGUGUUCAUCGUGGACGACAUGAUUGACAAGAGCGGCUCCUGGAUCGCGGCUGCAGAGACGGUUGUGAAGCGAGGAGGCGCCUCCAAAGUCUAUUGUAUUGCAACUCAUGCUCUCUUUGGGGAUGAUUCCCUCGCCCAGAUGGAGGCCUGUCCGUCCAUUGACCACAUCGUCGUGACGAAUACUUUCCCGAUCUCGGCCGCCACGAUCAGGCGUUCAAAGAAAUUGAUCGUCAUUGAUGUCUCCUCUCUUGGCAGAGAGUAUUCGACGACACCACUAUGGAGAAAGCGUAUCGUACCUCUUCCACUUUUAAUGAAUGAUGACGUGCCCCAUGGGCGAUGA